AAUUUCAUUGCUUGGAUAUAGGAAACAGAUUUGUUCUCUGAUAUUUUGGAUUAAAUAAGAUGAGUGAAAAAAAAAAAAAAAAAAAGUGAGCGAGUUUAGACAAGAAAGCAACAAUACAGAUUUAAAUAGUAUAGAAAACCAUAAUAAAAUAUAUAUACUGAUAAAGAGAAAUAAAAAAUCCCAAAACUGCGAGCGUAUUUGUUUGUGAGAGAGAAUCAAAGAAGAGUUUAUGUGUAUGGAAAAGGAUGAGCAAGGAAGAGGAGGAGGAAGCUUAUAACAACAACAACUAUAUUAGCUCAUCAGCUCGUGAUUGCAUCGAACAAGACGAUGAUGAUAGUAACAACACUAAGAAGAUCCAAGCAUGGGGCACGUGGGAAGAGCUGUUAUUAGCAUGCGCCGUUAAGCGACACGGAUUCCGUGACUGGGACUCCGUCGCUACGGAGGUUCGUUCCCGGAGUUCUCUCCCCGACGUCCUUGCCUCUGCUAACAAGUGUCGACACAAGUAUCGGGAUCUAAAGCGUCGAUUUCAUGAACAAGAAAAAACCGAUACGGCUCCGGCAGAGGAGGAGGAGACGACUGCCAUGGCCGACGAAGAAAAAACAGAGAACGUCGGUAUCCCUUGGCUUGAAGAGCUCCGAAAUCUUCGUGUAGCUGAGCUCCGUCGAGAAGUUGAACAAUACGAUGUGUCGAUAUUAUCGCUUCAGUUGAAGGUUAAGAAAUUAGAGGAGGAGAGAGAAGAAGAGAAACCAGAUCUGGAAGACGAGAGGAAAAAAGAGAGAUCGGAGAACGACGGUUCUGAAACAGAGCACCGUGAGAAGACUGUUUCAGCGGCGGAGGAAUCUGAUCGGGAAAACGGGUCGAUGAACGAGUCGAACUCUACAGCAACCGUAGGAGAAGACGACAGAGUUGGCGGAGGUGAACCGAGUCAGACUCGAGAUGAUGACUCGGCUGAUAAUGAUAAUAAUCCUGAUCCGGUUAGUAAGGAUACGGCGGGGGAGGAUGAGGAAGGAUCGGAUAGUAGAGGAUCGGAAGCGAGUCACUCAGACGAGUUAGGCGAGUCAGGGACGUCGGAAAGGAAGUGGAAACGGAAACACGGUGGUUCCGGCGAGAUCAGAUCGGAUGAGAGUAAAUCUCAGCCGUUGAUUGGUCUUCUUGAUCUGAUUCGGUCCCAUCCGCGUGGAUCUUUGUUCGAACGCCGGCUUCGGAGCCAGGAGGCCAAGGAUUACAAGAGCAUGGUUAAGCAACAUUUGGACAUUGAGACAAUACAGAGAAAUUUGAAGCAAGGAUCUUAUGAUUCUUCAACCCUCACUUUUUACAAAGAUCUACACCUUCUCUUCACAAACGCCAUUGUCUUCUUUCCUUUAUCUUCCGCUGAAUCAAUGGCUGCUCACGAACUAAGAGCCGUUGUUUCUCGAGAAAUGAGGAAAGAGACCCGGAUAUCUGGUCCCAGGUUUAUAAACCGGGAAGUCUCAGCUACGAAUAGUGGCAAAGCUGAUGCUGAAACGUCAGACUCGUCUCUCUCUAGACAGAAAUCUUCGGCUCCUCUUGUCGUUUGUAAGAAGAGGAGUUCUGUUUCCACUAAGGCUUCUCCUUCGUCCUCAAGCUUUAGCCAACAGGAGGAGAUGGAAGAAGAGACAUUAUCAGAGGAGAAAGAGAACACUGUAACUGGUGUAAGAAGCUCGAGAAGGGCCAGCAAACCAGUUGCUGCUACUGCGGCUAUCUCUAAUUGUACCACGAAGGGUAAAAGCAAGAACAAACUGAAACAUAUGGAGUCGAAAACAAAUCCGUUGAAUGAUAAUAGUAGUCAGCAAGAGACAGGUAAAACAGAGAAGAAGAUGAUUUCAUCAGACAAGAAGAAGAGCGUGGCUGAUUUCUUAAAGAGAUUAAAGAAGAACUCUCCACAGAAAGAAAGCAAAGAUCAGAAUAAGAGCAGUGGAAGUGGUAAGAAAGAUAGUAAAGCAAAACCAAGAGAACUUAGAAGUAGCAGAGUGGGUAAAAAGAAGGCCGAGUUAGCGAUUACUCCGGUGAAAAGAGCCCCCGGGAGACCGCAGAAGAAAACAGCAGAGGCAGAAGCAACUGCAACCGCAUCUGCCUCGGGAAAACGGGGUAGGGAUACCGGAAGCACGGGAAAGGACAAUAAACAGCCAAAGAAAAGAAUUAGAAGAUGAGAGUUUAAAACAUCUUUUUCCCCUUUGGUGGCUUUUCUUAAGAGCUUAAGGUAUUGUAUAUCGAUAGAGUUCGCUUUGGAGUAUAUUAUCUUAAUUCUAACAUUAGAAAUCAUAUUUUCUCAUAGUUAUGGAUUAGGAAAAGUGUAUUUUGGCUUUGUUGGCAUUUGUAAUGUUCAUUAUAUUUUUUCUCA